UUCCUGCAAACUAUUGCGACAUUUCAACAAAUUGAAACUAGCAGCUCUGUAAGGACGAGACUUUUACAGGUCCAACUCUGCUUCCCUUUUUCAAAAUCAACUAGAAGCUACUCUCUACUGAAGUUUGAAGAAUAGAUGACCAGCAGGCAGGUGGCCUUACACUGUUAAGUGACCCGCUCCAGACAUUAGAGCUUCCAGCGCAUAAAGGACUAUCUCUCUCCAAAAUAGGUUGGCGAUUACCAUGACCAUGAGGAGUUUGUUCUCGAAUCACAGUCAUUAUGUUGAAACUUUUCAAGUCUUCCUCAAGAAGUCAACUGAACAUCAAUGCAUACUGGACUUCAUUCACAAGAAGCUGCCCCAAUUAAUAUCCAGCAUCAGCAAUGGAAAAACUGAUAUCAACGUUCUAAGUGUCGGCGGUGGUUCAGGGGAAAUUGACCUUGAGAUUCUUGCACGAUUGCAGUCGGACUAUCCUGGUGUGAUCAUUCAUAACGAUGUGAUAGAACCAAACGCAGAACAAAUAAACAGUUACAAAGAAUGUGUUGCAAAGACACCAGAUCUCAAGAACGUAAAGUUCACUUGGCACAAAGAGACAUCCCUGGAAUAUGAAAAUCGAAUUAUGGACAGCAAAGAGACGGGGAAAUGGAAUUUCAUCCACAUGAUCCAGAUGCUGUAUUAUGUAAACGACAUGCCAGCAACCAUUAGAUUCUUUCACAGCCUCUUGGAACCUGGGGCCAAACUCCUCAUUAUUCUUGUUUCAGCAUACUUAGCAGGCACAAAGAAUGCAACAGGAUGCAGUGGCUGGGCCAAAUUGUGGAGAAAAUAUGGUCCUCGUUUACCUCCAAAUGAUCUUUGUUUAUAUAUUUCUUCUGCUGAUGUUGAAGAGAUGCUUGAUGGUUCUGGACUGAAGUAUCAGACUUAUGAGCUUCCAUCAGACAUGGACAUUACAGAUUGCUUUAUUGAAGGGAGCAAAACUGGGGAACUUUUGCUUGAUUUUUUGACAGAAACCUGUAAUUUCAGUAAAACUGCCCCUCUUGAUCUGAAAAAUGAACUCAUUGAAGAUCUUAAAAAGCCUGAAUAUGGUGAAAGGAGAGGUGACAAAUAUUUUUUUAAUAACACUCUGAGCGCAAUAAUGAUUGAACAUUAAAAUGGAGAGAUUUACUUACAAACUUAAUGUCACUGUGAAACUUGUUUAAUGUUUUAAUAUCUCGAUUGUAUGUGAAACCUGAGACAAAUACAGACAGAAACACCCAAGUGGGAUUUAGUAUGUUGUGUCUUGAGUUAUCAUUGUUAAGAGUAUCAAUACCAGCAUGUGUUUGCAAUGUUGCAAAUAAAUAUUAAUAAAUUAAAAUUAAUAAAGUAAAUUAAAACUUACUUAAUUGGGAUGCCUAUCAUUAUUCCUAAGUGAAGGUCCCAUGUUGAGAUGAUGAAUCAGAUCUUGAAAAGACGGAAGCCUAUAUUCUGCUUGAUGAAGAAAGAGUGAUUGCCAACAAGUUUGCACUUAUGACUUGUUGCAGUGCCCUGCAAUUGUGCAAUCACUAUGUAUAAACACGAUUUGAAACCUUCAUGUAGUCACCAUUUAUAACUUUUCCUGCCAGCUUCCCCAGAAAGUCAAUGG